GUGAUGGGAAAACGUGCUCAUAGUCAAUGUAACUUGACACCAGUCACCUUUUCUUGAUCCCGAGGCUGCAGCCAAUCAGCGGCAGUCAGGGACACAUGAACGGUGUUAAUGUCCACGGAACAAGCUGCAGGCAGGAGGAACAAAGAAAGCCGCCCGUUGCGUGCAAAACAUCCUUUCUCUUCGUUUACACGGACAAAUGUCGACUCAGUAGAUGCUGGUUUUGCCUCCCUUUUGAACACUUUCCUUCAAUUACUGAAUGUCACUCGGUGUCUCAAGCUAUUCUCGGCGCGUUUGCUGAGGAAAGAGGGAACUUGGCGUCGUGUCGGGUCGCCUUUGGAGAGACCUCUUUUUUUUUUUUUGCCUUGGAUACGCUGUUUGGGAAGGAAACGCACGGAAGUAACCAGAGACUGAUUGUGGGACCUUUACCCUGUUGACUCUUCAGAGAUGCACUCUUUUCCAGACCCCUGCUCUCAGAUGGAUUAAGAGCAGCUGUUUUCCUGCCUAAGCUGGGAACUGAGGACAGGCUGUUUCCCCCUCAAUCUUUGCGUCACAAGCAGGAACUCAUCGACUCACCCGCACACACACAGACUUUUUUUUUGGUCUCUGCCCUGUCCCACACUCGUCUGGCUGUUGACUGCACACUGACCUCAUUUGGGACUCCAGACUGAGGAGCAAGCGUUCCCACUCUUGGACUUGGCUGCUGUGAUAGUGUGUUCACAUUGCUGUGUGAGAGCCGCCUGGCUGUUGGGAAAAAUGCUUUCACGGAGUGUGGCUCCUCCUGGUUGAAGACAGCAAGCGUGUCCAACAGCAUCUUACUGCCAAGGGUCCAUCGUGUCGCCACUGCGCCCAUGAGGUAACCUCAGGACCUCCAGCCCCCUCAUUACCACCCUUGGUCCAUCCAUCUCCCUCCCCUCUGUCCCUUUCUCCCUCGGACCCUCCCACAAUGGGCCAGAAGAUCUCUGGCAGUAUCAAAUCUGUGGAUGUACGCGGGGAGCCCUCGUAUCGUCCAGUCCGCCGUGAACUUCGAGGGCCUGAUUUCUGUCGGCCACCCAGGCUGGAUUUACUGCUGGACAUGCCCUCAGCCAGCUCUGAGACCCAGCUCCGCCAUGCCUGGAACCCCGACGACCGCUCACUAAAUGUCUUUGUUAAGGAGGAUGACAAACUGACCUUUCACCGGCAUCCAGUGGCUCAGAGCACAGACUGUAUCCGAGGGAGGGUGGGCUACACCAGGGGCCUCCAUGUCUGGAGGAUUCACUGGCCAGCCAGACAGCGAGGCACCCACGCUGUGGUGGGCGUGGGCACUGCUGAAGCACCAUUACACUCAGUGGGCUACACGGCACUGGUUGGCUCGGACUCUGAGUCGUGGGGCUGGGACCUGGGUCGAAACAGACUUUAUCAUGAUGGAAAGAAUCGCCCAGUUUCCACAUCAGCACCCACAUACCCCAGUUUCCUGGAGCCGGAUGAGUCGUUUGUGCUCCCGGACUCUCUGACAGUUAUACUUGACAUGGACGAGGGAACUUUGAGCUUUAUGGUAGACGGACAAUAUCUGGGAGUAGCUUUUAGAGGGCUGAAAGGAAAGAGGCUGUAUCCCAUCGUCAGUGCCGUGUGGGGGCACUGUGAAGUAUCGAUUCGCUACGUCAACGGCCUAGAUCCGGAGCCCCUCCCUCUCAUGGACCUGUGCAGACGAGUAGCUCGACUGGCUCUGGGUAGAGAGCGCAUCCAUCACAUUGACACACUCCCGCUGCCGCAGACUCUCAAGAACUACCUCCAGUAUCAGUGACCCCUCUCUCACAAUCACACACAGAGGGGAAUAAUCUGAAGUCCACGCGUUUUUACGAAGACCAGCCUCCAACCUGAACUUUAUCCCAGCUCCUGGAGGAUAAGGACGAUGACACUGACUACAGGGAGGUGUUGGAGACUGUGCUGCAGAGGCGUUUUGUUUACAACAUUUGGGGUUUUUCCAUUUGGGUGUUUUUUAACUUCCAUAUUUUUGUUUUUUGUUGUUGCUGACUGCUGUCUUUCUCCUGGACGGAUGGGUGAAGGAGCUGAUGAAUGAAAUGAAAGAUUAGAAUACUACAAACCAGUUUCCUGCUAAUCACAUGUAUUCGAGUCUUAUUCAUGUCAGUUUGAAAGGCCUUAUAUUCUGUGAUUUACCCUCACAGCUUUUCUGCACAGUCUCUUUAGAAGCCUCUUGGCAAGCAUAUUGGUAUUUAUAUUUAUAUUCCCAACACAGCAGGCUCUGUGGAGACACAACAAUCCCUCCAAGCCACGAGACAGAGAUGGAGAAAGAGGUAGCAUGAGAGAGAGGGGGAAAGUCCACACGCAGGUCUAUUUUAGUGAGUGUUUACACAGCGCUGCACACAUGGAUUACAUAUAUACAGUGUGUGUUUGUCAGGAGUGUACAGAAACAAGCCUCGACUGUGUGAAGUCAGAGCACAGCUCACUGACAAGCUGGCAGUAACAACCUACAGGCUAAAAAACACAACAACACUGGUCUGAUCUGAUUCAAGCCUCCAUCAUGCUCCAUGCCAUCACGCUCGUAGAGAUUUAUCAAAGCUGAAGCCAUGUCUCUGACUGCUAAUGUGCCUGCACCAGGAAAAAAAAGCACAUGGCACUUCUGUCAUAUCAGGAGACUCCCCCAGACCCCCACCCUGAAAGUUUUAAAUGCUGCUUUUCUAUCUUUUUCCUCCACCGUCUUACCUUCAUGUGAGUUUUUAUCUCUGAUUUACUUUUAAACAUGAUGGUCUUAGGAGAUUUUUUUAUGUUCUUUUUUUUCUCCUAUGGGUUUUGAGAUUUGUCUGUGGGACGGGAUGUCUCACAGGUACAGGUGGGAGAAUGUGCUGCCAUGAGUCUUUUAAAUGUGAACAAGAAUAAACUCAGCUGAACUCGCA